CUAGUAGCAUUUUCCGACACUUCCAAUGAGUGUCAAAGCUUGUUUAUCCGAUUAGAAUUUAUCAUUUGCCGCUAAACUUGCUCAUAGCGUGUCAUUUACUGUCCGCGGGGAAUGCUAUUCACGAUGCGCUCUUGCGAGCAAGUAUUCCGCCUUCUGAUUACGGUGAUUGCAUUGUGUGGGGCUCUGGAGGUAAAUAUCACAGGAUGUGAAAAAGACUGCAAGAAGAACCUGUUUAAGAGACAAAAAGAUUUCUGCAGCACGACAUAUUGUGUCCAAAAAUAUCUUGGCUCUUUAGUGAAAAACGCAAACAGUUCAGAAAGUACUCUACCGAAACCUGUUGCACCGAAACUGGUUGAAGCUGGGUGGCAGAAAAUACGAGUACGUUUUAAUACAACAGAGCUGAAGAACCACAGCGAUGUUGAUUAUAUUUUAGAAGUGAAGCCAUUAUGGGGUCGUCAAGAGAGAGGCCAGCACUAUGUUGUAUUUCCUUACAUAAAGCCAUACCUUCUUACCAAUCAUACAACGUAUACAAUUGAGGACCUCGAACCGAAUACUGGUUAUAAAUUUAGAGUGCUUGCUCUAAAACAAAACAGAUGGUCAACAUUUAGUAACUGGAGUAGUGUCAUGAAUACAACUGAAGUUUGCGAAGAACCUCCAUGUGGCGUAACAAAUAUCCGCUUGGAAUUGACAACCGAGAUACCUUAUCAAAAAAGAGUGAUUUUGAAAUCCCUUUUUCGUUGGAAGCGAAGUACUUCGUUCAGUGAAACAAACAAGACUCGGCUGCCUGGCGUUCAUCGAGAAAUUAAAGUAAUAAGCGAGUGUCGAAAGAUUUUUAACGACGAAAAUAAAUUCUCUGAAAGCAAGAACACUGGAUUGGAUACUUUCAUUAAGAAAGAAAAUGCAAGCUUCGUCAUCGAUGGAAAAGAUCAUCUUUAUUAUAAUUGUUGGUACAAGUUAGAGAUGGAGGCUGUGGAUAAGUUCGAAGCAACGACGCUUUCCUUAGCAAAAAGAAAAUGGAUUUUCCAUAUACCCAAGUGUAUAAAGAUCAGUAAAACAAUUAUUUGCGGAUGUGAAUAUGAGUUUGGUGGCGAUAAAGUAGUGACAGGCCAGAUGAAUGUGACUUACAAAAGAACAUCAGAAAAAACUGCUACUGUACAUUUUACUUGGAAUGAUGAAAUUUGGAGAAAUCUGAGUAGCUUUACCUAUCACGCGUUUACGAUAUACCGUGACGAGGACUUUUCCAAACCGGAACCGAAACCUUUCUAUAUGAAAUACUACAAUGUAACAUCGAAAGUUUCUAGUUACAACGCGACAUCACAUAAUCUAACAAUUGGAAAGAAGUAUGAUGCAUAUAUUAAAGGAUUCGCAGAUCAUCACUGUGAACACGUAGAAAGACAUAAUCUUUACUUUACUGUCGGUUUUCCAUGCGAAAAUAAAGUUUGUCCUAGCAAUAGUUCGUGUCGUAGAGUUGGAAACCAUGGUAAAAAAAGUGAAUGUAGAUGCCAUAGUGGUUUGGUAAUGCGUAAUCAAGAAUGCAUAGAUGAAAAACCAUGCGAGAAAAAUCCUUGUGGACCAAAAGAGACAUGUAAACCGAUUGCGAAAACGGGAAAAUAUAACUGCACAUGCGAAGGCAUGUAUAGGCCAUUAAAUGGAACUUGUGAAGAUAUAUGUGUGAUUUACCCUUGUGACAACAAAACCGAGAAAUGUAUACCGAAUCCAGAUACCGGGAAAGGGAUCUGUAUAUGCAAAGGCAACCUAGUGAGAAAAAAUGGAAUCUGUGUUUUAGAUGAAAAACCAUGCGAGAAAAAUCCUUGUGGACCAAAAGAGACAUGCAAACCGAUUGCGAAAACGGGAAAAUAUAACUGCACAUGCGAAGGCAUGUAUAGGCCAUUAAAUGGAACUUGUGAAGAUAUAUGUGUGAUUUACCCUUGUGACAACAAAACCGAGAAAUGUAUACCGAAUGCAGCAACCGGGACAGGGAUCUGUAUAUGCAAAGGCGAGCUAGUGAAAAAAAAUGGAAUCUGUGUUUCAGAAACCAAAAGUAAGAACGUGGAUGUUAUCCUUGUCGCUGUCUUGACGCCUCUUGCUGUGAUUCUGAUUGCUAUAAUCUUCAUCGUUUGGUUACGUAGAUGUCACAAGAAGCAAUUGAGUUUUAUAGAAACAGAAUUUGAAAACGCUAUGGAAACUAUAAUUUCAAAUAGGAGCAUCAUCAAUGUACGAUCUAUUGAUAUCGAUCUGCUGGGAGAUGGAGUGAGUGCAAAAGAGAUGAAUUUGAUUUACGUUUCUCAAGACAACAUUUACGAGAUUCCAGAAUAUAUAUUGGAGCCGAUUAGUCGAUAUGAACUUCCUCCCGAUUCUGUGCGAUUUCGCGGUCUGAUUGGCAAAGGAGCGUUUGGCAGAGUAUACGCUGGUGAAGCCCUUGGAAUUAACGGCAAUCCUGAAGUGACAGCAGUUGCAAUAAAAACACUAAAAGAAUCCGCUAAUGAAGAAGAACUUAGUAAUUUUUUACGGGAAAUUGAUCUAAUGAAAGACCUUGGGAUACAUGAAAAUGUCAUUAAUAUGUACGGUUGCUGCACAAAGUGUCGUCCAGUAUGCCUAGUGUUGGAAUACGCACCAGGUGGAAAUUUGCUCAAUCACCUGAGAGCUCUUAAAAAGAAGUGUAAAGAUAUCGUGGCUGCGCAGUCAGACAAAGUGAUGAAUUCUACCAACGAUCAUGCAGAAGAUUUCCAUGCAGAGAUCUCGAUCAGAAUAAAAGAGGAAAUUCGAGCUGCUUUGGAUUCAAAGGAAUUAGAAUCGUUUUCGCAUCAAAUUGCCGCUGGGAUGAAACAUAUUUCUGACCAUGGCAUCGUUCAUCGUGACUUGGCCGCAAGGAAUAUACUUCUUGGCAAAGACAAAAUAUUGAAAAUAUCAGAUUUUGGCUUGUCACGUGAAGAAACAUACGUGCAAAAACCUAGCGGGAAAGUUCCUUACCGUUGGUUGGCAAUUGAAGCAAUACAAGAACGAAGUUAUUCUACCGCCAGUGACGUCUGGGCGUUUGGAGUUGUUUUGUGGGAAAUAUGCACAUUGGGGGAGAUACCUUAUUCUGGAGUCUCGGACAGGCAACUCCUCGAUUUCCUACGAAGUGGAAAGAGAUUGGAGAAAGUUGAAAACUGCACGGAUGAUAUAUAUAAGAUAAUGUCCAGGUGCUGGAGUCAUCUACCAGAAGACAGACCAACAUUUGGAGCACUGUACGAGAAAUUGUGGGAACUUCGGAACAAGGGAAAAAUCUAUGUCAACAUAGACAGUCUAAUGAAACAAUCUCUUGAAACUGAAGAUCAUGGAAGUUCUGAAGAAACAAGCGAGAGUGAUAACAGCGCUGGUGAAAGUAUUGACCAUGAUGGACCACUCAUAAGUGCAACUCCACAGAAACCAAAUGAAAACAGCGGAUACGAAAAUGAUAUUAAAACAAAUAUCGAACAGUAAAAAGUGUUGUAGUCCAUUUAAUUACUACCACUACAUUUAAACACUAGAAAGGUCACGAAAAUUCUACGCGAUACCACAUGCAAAUAAUUCUUUUACCUUGAAAAUGUGAUCUAUGUAAUAUAUCUGUAAAUUCAAAGACAUCUUAAGGUGUUGGAUGGGUCAAAUUAACUUCUGAUGGAUGUUUUUUAGUCCAUUGACUGGUAUGGGCAGCGAAAUGUUUGGAAACAAUAUAUCUAUUAUUCCCUAAGCGAAAUGAUAUCAAAACUUAAACUGCACGAUGCUUACUAAUUUUAGUUCUUUGCGUGGGACGUAACGUGUCGUAAAAUUGAAUGUUUUGAAUGUAAAGACAGUUUAUAAUAUACUCUUUCUAUUUCUAUUUCUAUUUCAAAACGUCAUGUUACAUAAAUAAGAUUGUUCUGAAAGAUAGAAAAAAGUCGAAGUACGUUUUAUGUAUAUAUACGUGUAGAACUAAUACAUACAGUAUCGAUUGGAAAAAAUAAAAUAAUAUAA